AUGGCAUGGGCAUGCGCAAAUCCGCUUUCGUUAGGUGCGUGCGAAGGUACUUGGUUGCCCGCAACAAACAACCCACAACGAAACCACCACCGCCCUUCUCGAACCACACGCGUGCUCGCAACUUACACUCCACUACCGCUUCCACUCAACCGACCGCAAACGACCUCCCAAUCCAGGACCACCACAACUCAUUCCGACUCUUGCGUCCUCUUUCAUCACUCCUGCCAUCGUCGAUGCGAUCCCCAACCCAAACAUCGCGUCACCACGACUCCUAGUCAUCUGUUUGGUCCUCAACAUGCGCCCAUGAGUCGCAUAUACGAACCGAACAUUUCGCACUCCGAAAUGGCCAUGCCACUGCCCUCCACGUUCUCUGCGCCCGAGCGCCGUAAAAAAGUCACAACGUACGGCAGACCAGGACGCCAUCCAUCUACAGCCAAGUUCUUCGCCGACACUCCAUCACCAGAGCGCCCUAGAAAACAACCAAAAACUGUCUAUGCCGCCGUGAGGAAGCCCGCACCUUCAAUCGAAAUACAAGGUACUUUGACGCAGAAUUACCGUCGUCAAUCCAAAUCACCUGCGCCUCUAGAUAUCUUUGAUGUGCCAUCGGACCAUGAAGCCACAUCUGCAGCUCCUCCUGUUCCGCCAGCCGGGCAUCGCCGAAGGAUACCGCCCAAGUCGGAGGAUCCGAGUGUCUUCGACAUCCUUUCAUCUAAUGAUGAUGAUGAUGGCAUACAGCCUGCGCGAAAGACUGCAAAACAAGCUUUGAUUUCAAGCAAUAGAAAGCCAGUCGCCUCCCUUGAACCGGUACACAAGAAAAGCAUCUUAGCGCAAAGUGGUGCUAAGCAAAUUGUCGCCGAUGGCAACAAUACUGUAAACCCAUCCGCCGCUAGGAAGCGGGCCAAGACUCCCCAAGUCGCUCAAGAACUUCCACCUGUAGAGCAGAAACAGCCUAUCACACGAACAACCAGGUCGCGUGCGACUACACCAGCAUUACCGAAUUUGACAUCUCAGGUCAAACAUAAUCCAGCCAUCUCUAACUCCAGCAAACCGACAGUGAAGAAGUCAACUACAGCAAACAAGCCCUCUACCAUCGAUAUCUUUGAUGUCCCGUCAUCAGACGAAAGCGAACCCCACCAUGCCACCGUCAAAUCUCGAACGGCUUCGGUUACCAAAAGAAAUGUCACUACUACAGCCAGUCACAUCCAGACGCCACUGUCGCCAACACCGUCGAUGGAGUCCGAUGUAUCACAGAAGUCCAACAAGCGCAAGAGACGCGCAUCCGUAUCAUCAUCUGCGACAGUUAGAGCAUCCGCUAUCGAGCAGAAACCGAGGGAAUCAAACUCCCAAAGAGAGAGAAAACACCAGAAAAAAAUGAGUGACACUUCCGCCGGCAUGCCAUCGAUCCUAACGAGUCGCCCGAAUCCGUCAAUCGUAAACACGAAGGGGGUUUCAGCGAUCAACGAACCCAAGCGUACGAGGAUAAGGACUGCGCCAGUGAAACCGAGAGCACCUGUAAUAAAAGGCCAGUCCUCACCAGCAAAACUUCAUACAAUGCUUGUCCAUCGAACGGCUCCCAAUCAGUCUCGGGUUAAACAGGUCCCCCAAGCGCCCGAGUCAGACGCCAUGGAAGACGAUACCAUGUGCGAACCACAAAGCACAAAAACUCCACCAACCCGGACGCUAAAGACGCAUGGUUCAGGGUCGGUAACGCCUCGGCAGCAGGCUCUAUUCAGCAAUCUUCUAGGGGACUCAUCUGAUUCUGCAACACCAAUGCCGAAGCUAUCUGACUUGAAAAUUUCCGAGCGGAAACCGAGUCCUGCAAUUACCAAUCUUAUGAGAUCAGUCUCUGAUAUUCCUCAAUCCGCUCAUACUCGGAAGACUAGACUUCUGGAUGUGCUAAAGCGAACCGCUUCGAGCUCAGAAGAAGAAAGUGAGACUGAUGAAGAAACAGAGGAUGAAAUUGUUAGCAUUCCUCAGGCAUCUGUUUCCAAAACAAAUUCAAGAGGAGGAGGUUCGGAGCCUCAGCUUGCGUUAACUGACACGGCAGACGCAAUGGAUAUCGACACUGAACCCAUUGGUGAUUCCCAGACUUCGCAAACUUCGAUUCACUUGCACACCGGUGGUCGAAUUACAUAUGCAAAGAACAGAUCUUAUCUCGAAGACACUGAGCCGGAUCUCGCCAACCUUCUCGACAACAUGGACGACGAUCUAGGGUUGGUUCUUCCGAAGAAUCAAGAAGUUGAAUCAGACGUCGAUGACGAAGGUGGCCAUUUGCGAGACAUCCACGAUUUACGACGUCAAGGACAGCAACACAAAUUCCAAGCCCAAGCGGAAGCUACCAUAGAAGAAGUGGCUGGGAAAGGUCUCAAUGCGUCCCAGCGAAGAAGUGCCAUGAUGGAAUGUGCCACCCAGAUGAAGGACAAGAAUUACGUCAGCCAGCUACUCGAAUCUUCCCUGAUGUCAUCACUGAUUCAAAGCAUCUCUUCGACAGGAGAAAUCAUAUUUGAUUUUGCAGCUGCGACUGCUGUGCUGUUCAUCCUUGAAGUGCGACCGGGUUAUGCUGUAUUGGAGCAGAUACAUCAAUCCGCCAUCACAGGGACUUUGGGGCUGUUGCUAUCAUCCAAGCAUUGCAGCAUGGACAUACAUCGGAUAUCGAAGGAGAGAAAGACAAACAUGGCACCCAGGGCCCGUGAGACGGUAGCAGAGUUCCGGGGGUUGAUUCUCGACUCCAACUUCUCGAACUUCUGAC